AUGAAUUUGAAGAUGAGUGCAAAGUUAUCCUCUUAUUUCAUGAGAAUAAGAAUUUAUUUCUCGUCACUCAAUACUAAAACAUUGCAUAAACCAAUCGUGUUGCAUUGAUACAUAUGCGCAUGGGCAGAACUGGUAAUCGGUCACUUGGUGUACAAUAUCACUUUGUGUCUUAGCACACUGGCUCACAGGAAACCUACUUUUGCUGUAUUCCGAGGGUGGUUUGGGGUAAAAAUUUGGGUGAUAGAACGGUUAGCAGGGACUGAGGCUGAACGAUACUGUCAAACAUUACCUUAGGUAUAAGGGUCAGGAGAUUCAGGGGAAGGAGUGUAGUUGGUUUGGUGUAUACGCUUCGCCAAACUUCGGCACUCAGUACGCUGAGAAUAUUUUUCUUACCAAGAUGGCGUGCUGUAUGAGCGAAGAGGCGAAGGAAGCAAAACGUAUAAAUCAAGAAAUCGAAAAGCAACUUCGAAAGGAUAAAAGGGACUCAAGACGAGAGCUCAAGUUGCUAUUACUAGGUACUGGUGAAAGUGGUAAAAGCACAUUCAUCAAACAGAUGAGAAUAAUCCACGGCAAAGGAUACAAUGAAGACGAUAGGAAAGAUUUUAUUCACUUGGUAUAUCAGAAUAUUUUCACAGCCAUACAUGCUCUCAUCCGGGCAAUGGAAAGGCUCAGGAUUCCAUACGUAGACAAAUCAAAUGAGGAGAAAUCAAAUUAUGUUAGGCAAACAGAUCCAGAAACAAUACGGUCUUUUGAACCACCUUUUGUUGAAUACAUAGCUAGUAUAUGGAAUGAUUCAGGAGUACAAGAAUGCUAUGACAGAAGACGAGAGUAUCAGCUAUCAGAUUCAGCUAAAUACUAUCUUAGUGAUUUAAAACGAAUUUCCCUGCCGGAUUAUGUGCCCACAGAACAAGAUGUGUUGCGAGUAAGAGUUCCUACCACAGGCAUCAUUGAGUACCCAUUUGACCUGGACUCUAUCAUAUUCAGGAUGGUAGAUGUAGGUGGUCAGAGGUCAGAGCGUCGUAAAUGGAUUCAUUGUUUUGAGAAUGUCACGUCCAUCAUGUUCCUUGUCGCCUUAAGUGAAUAUGAUCAAGUAUUGGUUGAAUCAGACAAUGAGAAUCGAAUGGAGGAAAGUAAGGCGUUAUUCAGGACAAUCAUCACCUAUCCCUGGUUUCAGAAUUCCUCAGUGAUUUUGUUCUUGAACAAGAAGGAUCUUUUAGAGGAGAAAAUUAUGUACUCUCAUUUGGUAGAUUACUUUCCAGAGUUUGAUGGUCCACAGCAAGAUGCUAGUGCUGCAAGGGAGUUCAUACUGAAGAUGUUUGUGGAAUUGAACCCAGACAGUGACAAGAUCAUCUAUUCCCAUUUCACUUGUGCAACAGACACAGAAAAUAUUAGGUUUGUGUUUGCCGCCGUCAAGGAUACCAUCUUACAACUUAAUCUGAAGGAGUACAACCUGGUGUAGCCUGUCAACAGACACAAGCCUUGUACACACCUCAGCAGGGCAGUCGGUGUUCGCCGCUCUGUCUCCUGACAUUCAAGUGCUGUUAGUAGACGUUUUUUUUGUGUACAUGAUUUCUGGGUUCCAGAUAUGACGUAUCACUGGGAUGUGAAGCAGAUGCAGUCUUUAUUGAUACUGAUACUGUCAGCUGCAGUCAACUUGCUGGCCAAGGCCAACACCAAAUUCCUGCAUGUUUUUCCCAAUUGGUGACUGAAUGAAGUGGAAGUUAAAAGCAGCAAGGAAUUUGACUGCUUCAUGUACACAAGCAAUUUUGUAAGUUUUUGAAGAACAGUAUGUAAGCAUGUAAUGUGACUAGUUUGCCAUACAUUUGAGACGAAAGUCAACCAUAGUUCCAGUGUUGUUACAGCCUAUCUCAAUCAUGCACAACCUGCCAAUUUAUGAGAUUGCGAAGUGUAGAAGGCAUUUGCCUUAAUUUCAAUACCGUAUGUCUUCAAAUUUAGAACCAUUCAGUGUAACUUAUGGUAGUGAUGCGGUUUGUGACCGAAAGUUGGUUUUGUUGGAAUGUGAGUUUUGCUGGUAGUUAACUGUAUUGGUUUUUAUACGGCCAACAAAAAGUACAUACGUACAAUCUCAUUUUGACCUCUUGUUCUAGAGAGACCGUACUUCACUACAGCGCUGUUGAAACUGGUGUGUUAUUGAAAAAAAAAAACCAUAACAUCGUUUCAACUGCUUUAACAAGUAGAUCCUGUUUUCUUUUUCUUUUUGUGUGUGUAUUUUAUUAACAAAACAAGUAAAAUAAUGUUAAAGAUUAAUUUGGGCAAUUGAGUAUAAGGUAAACUAGUAGCAUAUGUCAUUAUAUUAUUGAGUUAUUAAUAAAAUCAUGUUAAGGGUUAAUGCUAGUGUCUUACAUACUGUAAGUACCAAUAUCUAUACUGAUUUUAUAUUGAAAACACAUUGUGUAGAAUCCUAUGUAGAAAUUGUGUAAUCAAUGGUGCAAGCAAUAUAGACUUGUGUCUGGUUAAUUUAUAUUGUAAGUUUGGUGGUCUGUUUUGUGGACGUGAACGUACCUGACUGUUGUGGAACUUAGACUGUUCUAGUUGGCUACGACCAGCUGCUAGAUGACUUUUAAGCAGACAAACUCUUUGACGAGCAACAAUUUUAAAGGCACGAUCAUUUGAGCACGUAUAUGGACAGUGAAUCCGUUGAUCGUGUGCCGUACAUCUUAUUCUCACUGAUUUGAAUAACCCACCAUGUAUUAAUGAAUCGUGUUUUUAGACAAAUAUGUAUUUCGGACAGUUUUACUUGAUGAACUCGCAAUGGACCAAAUUGGAAAUUAAUUUGGAUGCAAACAUGCCAUCAAGACUUCAUGAUUAUUUUAUUUGCAAUUUUACAUGAAAUUUUAAUAAUUAUACUGUAUGGCGUGACCUAGCUAUAUGUAUGUAUAGAUGUAUAUAUACAUAUGCAGCUAUAUAUGCACACACCCAGCACGUUUGCACACAAUUAUAGAUUAUAAACUGUUGAAAUAUUGUUCACACUGAAUGGUGGACUGUUCCAUUUUACUGGAAGGUGAGGCUAAAAUGUGACAGGCGGCCAUUGGUGAUCUUUUUUUCAGCAUUGCACUUUGAACAUAAAAGUUUUGUUUGUUUAUAAUACAACUCCUCCAUAGAAUACCCACUCCUGUGAUCUUUGAACACCAAAUGAGCAUAUCUUUUUUUGUUGUUUUACAACAAUGGCCUAGGCUACCAAAUUCCUUUAUGCUAAAUCUGCCAUACAAACCACCUAGUAGCACUCAGAAGUAUAAACAAUUCAGGCUGGGAAGCUCUUGUCUACAUUCUGUGAGUGUAGAUUGCAAUUUUCUUCAUGUAUUCGUUCUAUUUCCUGCUCUCUGGUAUCAUAAAAGCUAUCAAGGGACUGGGAUUCAAUGGGGGAGUAACGAUCCAUCGUAGGAGUUUGGACAUGCUAUGAUAUUCCUCCUGGUUUAAAUCCUGGAAGAAUAUCAUACCUGGUAGGGAUCCAACUGAUGUAUACUCAAUUUAUGGCAAUACCCAUGAAAUUUAAUGUGUGUUUGUGUGUGUGAGUGUGGAAAGAGGUGUGUGUGUGUGUGCGUAUGUAUACAUGUGUGUAUUUAUAUACAUAAAUAUAGGGGUUUCUAUUGCUUGGAUUAAUUGAAACUGAUAUUAAAUUUUAAUUGGGGGUGUAUUUAAUGCCACCUAAGUAGAUGUAUUCAAUAGCUGGUACAAGCAGAAUCAAGAUUUUACAAGUAAGAUUCCUUUGUUGUGGAAAACAUUCAAUGAAAUUGAAAACUAGAAGAAGUGGUAUUGUACUAACACUUAAGUUGGACUUUUGAUAGAUUCCUAGAAUUUCAAAUUAUCUACUAUUUAUCUAAGACAUCAAGUGAGACCAGACAGUUAGCAGUCCACUAAACAGGUAUUUUACUUGUAUUGCAUUUUUUCUAUUUUGUUACCAUUUCUUUGCAAUUUUAAUCAGAUAUAAGGAAUUUGACUUAUUUAGCUUGUUGAUGGUCAUAUUUUAAGGUGCUGCUACUUUGUACCUGUUAGACUGUAAACAAUACAUUCUUUAAUGAAUUUUACUGGUUUUAACGAAUCAGAAUUUUAACUGUGAUAUGGACAGAAAUAAAUGGACUUGCCUUGGAUAUAAUUUGAGAAUAGUCCCUCGUAUUAAGGAGUCGUGAACAGGUAUAAAUUAGAAUGAAUGCGACUGGUAGGACACAGUGAUGUCCACAUUAUGAGCAAUACGUGAUUGAAUAUUAGGUUUUGUGCUGUUUUUUGAAGGCAUAUUGAUCCACCUUGAAUCAAAUCUGGUGUCACGAUGGCACUCACCCACCUGGUCAGCUUAGAUGAAGGUAGCUCACUUUUGUGCACUGGUAGCUUAUUCAAAAUGCUUGCUUGUUAUUUUCAUUGUAAUGUUAUACCAAUGUACAUGUUACUACAGUUUGUAAGCUGUACUGUAUUGGACAGUUGAUUUUUUCAAUGAGAUUUAGGAUGAACAUGGGUCGAAUCCUGUGUUAUAUAGAGAAUGCAUUAGGUAGCAUGGACAGAUCAGCAUUCCCCAUAGGAUAACAUUGACACUGCAAUUUAUAUAGUUAUUGAUCUGUUUUGUUAUUCGAUGACUACAUUGUAGGGUUUUUCUAGAACCUUAUUUCACAGUGCAGUGUGGCAGCUGGUGUUAUGCAUUGCAAUGCAGGCUGUUCACAAAUCACAUGAUCUGAGAGCCAGUUGCAUUGCAAUGCAGAGUAUGUACACAUACCUCCACAACCAGUCAUUUACUUGUAUAUGAAUCUGGGUAUUAAAGCAUACCAUCUAUAGCAUGUACAAACCAGCCGUUUCCUUCAAUUUUGAUGCACAUUCAUUUAUUCUAAUUUUAAUCGAUAAUGAAUGAUUUCCAAAUAAAAAUUGAAGCUGACUUAUAGAAGUGAAUUUAGACAAGUGUUGGUUUUUCGUUACUGGAACCAAAUUGUCUCAUAUGUUACAAUCCUAUUAUGGUGUAAACUAUCUCAUUAGAUCUUUUUCUACGUAUACAUUUGUUUUUGAAAUUGGUAAAAAUUUUAUUUGAAAAUUUUAAAGAAGAUUCUAGGUGCUACUUACUGGCUGUUGUAAGCGAUUGUAGUGGUGGUAGCAGAUUUCCGCUUUAGAGUAUAAUAAAAAAAAAAACCUUGGAAACGUUGGCACUUUAACGGCUAAAUACCGCAUCUGUAGCUUGUAUAAGACAGCUACCUCUGCGUCGCUUACUUCGCCAGUUUGUGGGUGCUCCUGUUAGAUUAAUUGUAUAGAGUUAACAUUUCUAAUUUAUUGGGGUUUUUUUUCACAUUGCUAUUUGUAAAUUAUUGUUGCGAAAGUGUUUUUGACCAAUUUGUCUAUAUUGUUACUUUAAAACAUUAUUAUAUGUAUUGAUUGUAUGGUGUUGUAUCUGAGAGUUUUCAUGCUUCUGAGAUGCUUCUUAGUUUCAAGCAUUUUAAACUGUGUAGCAGUUGUCAUGUGAAUUCCCCAGUUGUCAUUAUUUUAUUUACAUUUUAACAAAAUAGUAUGAUGGCAAUAGUAAUGCAUAUAGUUGUUUUGUAUCCUGUCUCGGGCCAGUUCCAUAUUAUUGGCUUUUUAUUUGAAUUUGGUGAAUGAAAACGAUGGGAGGGCUGGUAGCGGACAUUUAAUAUUGGGAUCAUCCUAAUUAUCUAGCAAUGUGCACUGAAAUUGCAAGUGAAACCUGUAUAUUGCUAACCCCUUUUACUUGUAAAUGAAGGCGUGUUGGUUGGCAAGGUGUAGCAUCUGUGCUGGCGUGUUUGCAAGCACAUGGGGGUGAAGUGUUGCGUGCUAGGCUGAAUGUCACUCAACUGAUUGCGAUGCAGUUGGUUUAGGAGUCAAGGGAAUGUCUGUCUUGGAAAGGGUAGCACUAAAAACUUUGUUGUUCGCCAUGUGUUGUUAACUCUGUACAUACCUUGUGUAAUUUAAAUGGAAUAUUUCUCAUUCGUUGUUCAGAUCACUGUGAUGCUAUAGUAUUCCAAUAGAUCUGAUGAAAAUUUU